UGUGUCACAUUGAUGAUGCCUGCACCCGUAACCCGUGCAAGAUGGGAGCUCAAUGUGACACGAACCCCGUCAAUGGCAAGUUCAUCUGUAUCUGCCCCUCAGGAUACGAGGGCAGCACGUGUGCCGAGGAUAUCGACGAGUGUGUCAUCGGUUUAUAUGGAAUAAACUGUGAGGUGAACAUUGAUGAUUGUCCGAAUCACCGCUGUCAGAAUGGAGCCACAUGCAUGGAUGGAGUGAACACUUACAACUGCCAGUGCCCACCUGAAUGGACUGGUCAGUUUUGCACCGAUGAUGUGGAUGAAUGCAGACUGCAGCCCAACACCUGUCAGAACGGAGGCACGUGCAGUAACACGCGUAACGGCUACAACUGUGUAUGUGUGAACGGCUGGAGCGGCCCUGACUGCUCUGAAAACAUUGAUGACUGUGCAGCUGAGCCCUGCACCCCCGGCUCCACUUGCAUCGACCGCGUGGCUUCCUUCGUUUGCAGCUGCCCUCCCAGCAAGACUGGUUUGCUGUGUCACAUUGAUGAUGCCUGCACCCGUAACCCGUGCAAGAUGGGAGCUCAAUGUGACACAAACCCCGUCAAUGGCAAGUUCAUCUGUAUCUGCCCCUCAGGAUACAAGGGCAGCACGUGUGCCGAGGAUAUCGACGAGUGUGUCAUCGGGCCAAACCCAUGUGAGCACGGUGGCUUGUGUAAGAACACAGCGGGCUCUUUUACUUGUAGCUGUGCUCCGGGUUACACCGGUCCACGCUGUGAGACAUCAAUAAAUGUGAUUCCGACCCCUGCCAGAAUGAAACCAACCUGCCUGGACCAGAUAGAUUUCACCUGCUCCUGUAUGCCAGUUUUGCAGUCUUGGUGUAAAGAUAAUGCUGCAGCCACUCCGCCAAGAGAUACUUAAAGGAUCUGAGGAUCCUCAAAUGAAAACCGUGUGUGUUUUGCUUCAAAAGAGCAACAAAACAUUUGUAUUGUGUUUUACUUUCUUUCUUUUAUAU